AUGGCUGUUUCGAGGCUUGAGCGCCUCUUUAUUUUGUUGGACACUGGCACGACUCCUGUGACGAGGAAAGCUGCUGCUCAGCAGCUGGGAGACGUAGUCAAACUCCACCCCCAUGAGCUGAAUAACCUCUUAUCAAAGGUUUUAAUAUAUUUAAGGAGUCCUAACUGGGACACACGGAUUGCAGCUGGACAGGCAGUUGAGGCCAUAGUAAAGAAUAUUCCAGAAUGGAACCCAGCCCCCAAGCCAAAGGAAGAGUCCUGUGCAGAGGAUAUGUCCCCUGAAGAUAACUCUUCAGACAGACUGAGUUUCUACAGGUUUGAUAUCUCUCGCUUGCUCAAACAUGGAGCGUCACUGCUUGGGUCUGCUGGUGCAGAGUUUGAGCUACAGGAUGACAAGUCAGGUGAAGUGGAUCCUAAGGAGCGUCUGGCCCGACAGAGGAAGCUUCUACAGAAGAAACUGGGUCUGGAUAUGGGUGCUGCUAUUGGCAUGGAUACAGAGGAGCUGUUUAAUGAUGAAGACCUGGACUAUACCUGUACCUCCAGUGCCAACAGACCACACGCUGGCAAGGGGCCUGUCUAUCAUGGCUCACGCAACCACACAUCCCUGCAGGCAGCAGAGUUGAUCGACUCAGAAUUCCGGCCAGGCAUGAGCAAUCGACAGAGGAACAAGGCAAAGAGGAUGGCCAAGCUGGUGGCAAAGCAGAGAUCUAGAGAUUUGGAUCCCAAUGAAAAGAGCAACGACAGCUUUGAAGGAGAACCUGAAGAGAAAAGACGGAAAACCACAAACGUAGUCAUCGACCAGCCUGCUACUGAAAACAAAGUCUUAAUCGACAACGUUCCUGAUAACUCGGGCUUGCUUGAGGAGACACAAGAGUGGCCCCUGGAGAGUUUCUGUGAAGAGCUUUGUAAUGACUUGUUUAACCCAUCCUGGGAGAUUCGACAUGGUGCAGGAACAGGCUUGAGGGAGGUGCUGAAGUGUCAUGGUGCAGGAGGAGGGAAGCUGGUUGGUAGUACUGCAGAACAGUUGGCUCAGCAGCAUCAGGAGUGGCUGGAGGAUUUGGUCAUCAGGCUUUUGUGUGUCUUUGCUUUGGACCGUUUUGGAGACUUUGUGUCUGAUGAGGUUGUUGCACCGGUCAGAGAGACAUGUGCACAGACGCUGGGUGUGGCAUUGAGACACAUGACUGACAGUGGUGUUACUAUGACUGUGGACAUUCUGUUGAAGCUGCUCACUGAGGAUCAGUGGGAGGUUCGGCAUGGAGGGCUACUGGGCAUCAAAUAUGCUCUUGCUGUCAGACAGGACCUUAUCUCAGAACUGCUUCCUCGGGUUCUUCCUGCCAUAACAGAGGGACUGCAGGACCUUGAUGAUGACGUACGUGCAGUUGCAGCUGCUGCACUGAUCCCAGUGGUAGAGGGGCUUGUGCGGCUACAGCCUGCUAAGGUCCCUUUUAUAGUGAACACACUAUGGGAUGCCCUGCUGGAGCUGGAUGACCUCACGGCCUCCACCAACAGCAUCAUGACCUUGUUAUCCUCCCUGCUCACUUACCCCCAGGUGCUUCAGUGCAGUACGCAGCAAUCUCUAACAGUGCUGGUACCUCGAGUGUGGCCCUUUCUGAGACAUACCAUCGCAUCUGUUCGACGUGCUGCCUUAGAAACCCUCUUCACACUCUUGUCCAAAGCUGACCAGAGCUGUGCCGUGUGGUUGAAUCCUAUUCUGCCAGACAUGCUCAGACACAUCUUUCAGUCCUGCAUUCUUGAGAGCAACCAAGAGAUACUUGACCUCAUCCAGAAGGUAUGGGGUGAGCUGUUACGGCAAGCCCACCAUCAGUACGUGGUAGCAGCCAGCUGUCCGUGGAUGGGUGCCUGGCUCUGUUUGAUGAUGCAAGCACCACACAUUCCAAUUGAUCACAACAUGCUGCUAGAAGUCAAGGCUCGUUCCAAGGAGAAGGCAAGUGGAAAGCCUCGGCAGGGUGGGACACAAGUGAAGGAGGCAGUGCAGGAGUACAUUGGUGGAGCCGACACAAUCACUGAAGACCAGGCCACACGAGACUAUGUAGUAACACGUGCCCGACUCAUGGCUGCCAAGCUGUUGGGGGCGCUAUGCAGCUGUAUCUGUGACCCACGGUUGAAUAGCUCCACUCAGGAAAUCCGGCCAGCAGAGUCCCUUGCCCAGCUGCUGCUCUUCCACCUCAAUUCGAAGUCCGCUCUGCAGCGCAUUGCUGUUGCCAUGGUGCUCUGUGAGUGGGCAUCCAUGCAGAAAGAAUGUGAAAUCGUUUCCAGUGUGGUCCAGCCUCGUCUGUUGGCCAUCCUGUCAGAGCAGUUGUAUUAUGAUGAAAUUGCCAUCCCCUUCACACGCAUGCAAAAUGAAUGCAAGCAGCUGAUCAGCCUCCUGGCCGACGCCCACAUCGAUGUGAGGGAGCGAAUCAACUGUAGUGUUUUCACCAUCGAUCAAGCCAAUGAGCUGGUGACCACCAUCUUCUCUGAUGCCACAGCGUCUCUAAACCUGAAGUCUCGGCAGUUCCAGCCUUUGGACAGUAAGCGGCAACAGGCAUGCUCAACUGUGGCUGAGACGAGUGCAGAGUGGCAGCAGUUGCACCUCCGUGUGCACACCUUCACUGCCUGUGCUGUGGUGGGUCUGGCAGCUCUCCCCGAUAAGCUCAACCCACUGGUGCGGCCACUAAUGGAUGCUGUAAAAAAGGAAGAAAACACACUGGUGCAGGGCUAUGCCGCCUCCAAAAUCGCCCGGCUGCUGCAACUGUGCGCAGGUCGCACACCCUGUCCCAACGCUAAGAUUGUGAAGAAUCUGUGCAGCUCAGUGUGUGUAGACCCCUUAUUAACACCCAAUGCAGCCUGCCCUGUUCAGCCACCCACACUGCCCUCACAGGAGAGCAGCAAAGCCAGCGUGUCAGAGAAAGACGGAAUGCACCACAUGGUGAAUAAGACGAAAGGCAUCAUCACUCUUUACCGCCAUCAAAGAGCUGCUUUUGCGAUCACCAGCAAGAGAGGCCCCACCCCCAAAUUGUCCAAACCCCCCCCUAAUGACCUGCCUCCAGGCAGCUCUGUCUCCACAGAAACAGAUGAGAGUAAGAAGCCAAUUCUCGUUCAGAGGAGAGGUGCGGAGUUCUCGCUGAUGACUAUUGCUAGGCAUUGUGGGCCAGAGCUCACUAAAGCAUUGCCCUAUCUAUGGGAAUCUAUGGUUGGCCCACUGAAAGCUGUGGUGGAAGCGCUGGAUUCCAGGCAACUCUUGGAGAAAGGUGACUCUGUAGCCCAGGAGCUGGUCAACUCUCUACAGGUAUUGGAGGUCACUGCAGGCGCCAUGUCUCAAGAGCUCAUACCUCUGUUGUUGGAGCAGCUUCCUCUGCUGUGCACCUGUCUCCAGCACCCAUAUACAGCAGUGCGCCACAUGGCUGCUCGCUGUGUGGGUGUGCUCAGCAAAAUUGCCACCAUGGAAAGCAUGAACGUUUUCCUAGAGCAGGUGCUGCCAUGGCUGGGGGCCAUUGACAACAGCACUAAACAGGAAGGAGCCAUUGAGGCCAUGGCCUGUGUGAUGGAGCAGUUGGACGUUGACAUUGUGCCCUACAUUGUGCUGCUGGUGGUGCCAGUGCUGGGUCGAAUGAGUGACCCGAGUGACAGCGUUCGCUUCAUGGCUACACAGUGUUUCGCUACCCUCAUACGCUUGCUCCCUCUAGAGGCUGGCAUCCCUGACCCACCCAGCAUGUCCGAUGAUCUUAUUCGCCAGAAAGCCAGAGAGCGUCACUUCUUGGAGCAGCUACUGGAUGGCAGGAAGCUGGAGAACUAUAAGAUCCCUGUGCCCAUAAAGGCGGAGCUUAGGAAAUACCAGCAGGAUGGAGUAAACUGGCUGGCGUUCUUGAAUAAGUACAAGCUGCAUGGGAUCCUGUGUGACGACAUGGGCUUGGGCAAAACCCUGCAGUCCAUCUGCAUUCUCGCUGGAGACCACUACCUCAGGGUGCAGGAGUAUGCCAAGACCAAGGCUGCAGACUGUUGUCCUCUGCCAUCCAUAGUUGUUUGCCCACCUACUCUAACUGGCCACUGGGUGGAUGAGGUGGGCAAGUUCUGUGCUAAGGAAUUUCUGAACCCUCUGCAUUAUACAGGCCCCCCUACAGAGAGAGCACGGUUACAGCACCAAGUGAAAAAGCACAACCUUGUAGUAGCCUCUUAUGAUGUAGUGCGGAACGACAUUGACUUUUUUAGAAAUAUAAAAUUCAAUUAUUGUAUCCUUGAUGAGGGUCACGUUAUUAAGAAUGGGAAGACCAAACUCUCCAAAGCUAUUAAGCAGCUGGCUGCCAACUACAGAGUUAUCUUGUCAGGAACGCCCAUUCAGAAUAAUGUUCUGGAGCUGUGGUCUCUCUUCGACUUCCUGAUGCCAGGCUUUCUGGGCACAGAGCGCCAGUUUGCUGCACGAUAUGGGAAGCCCAUCCUCGCCAGCCGAGACGCCAAGAGCUCCUCUCGGGAGCAGGAAGCAGGUGUGUUGGCUAUGGAGGCACUGCAUCGGCAGGUGCUACCCUUCCUGUUAAGAAGGAUGAAGGAAGAUGUCCUCCAAGACCUGCCGCCCAAGAUUAUACAGGACUACUACUGCAACUUAAGUCCUCUACAGGUUCAGUUGUAUGAAGACUUUGCUAAAUCUCGGGCGAAGGUGAGCGUGGAUGAUGUCCUCUCUACAGGAGGGCAAGAGGAGGAGGACAAACCCAAACUGAAGGCCACAGGACAUGUUUUCCAGGCUCUGCAGUACCUGAGGAAGCUGUGUAACCACCCGGCACUGGUCCUGACUCCUCAGCAUCCAGAGCACAAGCGCAUCACCGAACAGCUGGCCUCCCAGCACUCCAGCCUCCGGGACAUCCAGCAUGCACCCAAACUCUCUGCUCUCAAACAGUUACUGCUGGACUGUGGGCUGGGCUCGGCUGGAUCUUCAGACAGCGGCACAGAGGCUGUGGUGGCUCAGCACCGUGUGCUGAUUUUCUGCCAGCUGAAGAGUAUGUUGGACAUUGUGGAGCAGGAUCUGUUGAAGCCACAGCUGCCCAGUGUCACCUACCUCAGACUGGAUGGCAGUGUACCUGCAGGCCUGCGCCACUCUAUAGUUUCUAGGUUCAACAAUGACCCAUCUAUAGAUGUGCUGCUACUGACCACCCAUGUGGGUGGCUUGGGUUUGAAUCUCACAGGAGCUGAUACUGUGGUGUUUGUGGAACAUGACUGGAACCCUAUGAGAGACCUACAGGCCAUGGACCGUGCUCACCGAAUAGGACAGAAACGUGUGGUAAACGUUUAUCGUCUGAUCACGCGAGGCACUCUCGAGGAAAAAAUCAUGGGUCUGCAGAAGUUUAAGAUGAGCAUAGCUAACACUGUCAUCAGCCAGGAGAACUCGAGCCUCCAGAGCAUGGGUACUGACCAGCUGCUUAACCUCUUCACUCUGGACAAGGAUGAUAAAGCAGAGAAGAGUGAAAUGGCCUCCUCUUCAGGAAAGGCCAGCAUGAAGUCAGUGUUGGACGGGCUGGGAGAACUAUGGGACCAGCACCAGUAUGAGGCUGAAUACGACCUGGACAGCUUCAUGCUCUCACUGCACUAACCCAGCACAGCCUGCUGAGCCAGCCUCCACACACAGUCUGCAGUCUCUGGCCUAUUGCAACUUCUUCCCUUGCUAUGGACCACCUUUUUAGUUGUUACAGAGCGUAACGUGGGUCGUUUUGGUUCAGAACGCCAUCUUCAUAAGGACGUUCGACCAUGAUUUAUUCCCACGAUAUUCAGUUGGUCUCGUCAGCCUGAGCCUCAGCUGUCUUAAAGACAUCGUACACUCCAAGCGUGACCCUCGCCAACCAACCCCAUACUGCCAGCUCAAUCCAAGCCGAGGACUAACAGGAUUGUAAAUUAGCCGUCAUCCAUCGUGACCUCUCUGUCCAUGGACACAUUCUCAUACGUACCACGGGGGCUCCUGCACAGUGUUUCUGGGAUGUUGGAAGCAUUUAAUCAGUAUAAUCCACUACUUUCCCUCUCCUAUACAGUCUUAAAGCUUACCUCAAAGUUGAAUCACGUAUCAGUAUUUGAUCUUAAUAGACACAAGCUUUAGGAUUUUGUAUUUCAUUUAUUUUUGUAGAACAAAAUAGCCAUCUUAGCAAUCCCCAAUGCACUGAACAGGCUUUUGUAGCCUUUUAUGUAGAUCUCUGGGGAAGGUGUAGAGGCUUUUUAUUAGUAAGGAGGAAAAAAGGAACUGGGGAUGAAUAAAAGAGAAUUCAUCUUCCUGUCCACGAGGGGGCAGUAGACUUUCCUCUGAAGCAGUGCCUGUCAGUCCCUCACCCAUCACUAGCUCAGAUCAGAAACAUGAAACAAGCAGCCUACCAUGCCACACUUGCACACAGAGAAAAUGUGAAAUGUCUCACCAUGUGCGAGGGCAUGGUACUGACUUAAUCAUAGGUACUGUUGACUUGGCAGACAUAGGAUGAUCACAGAACCUUGUUGGAUAGUUUUAAAAAAGGAAAAACAAGGACUUGUAAAUACUUCUGUAAUUUGCUUUCUUUGGUUAAGCUGAUAGAAUUUUAAUAAAUUCUAACAAGCUUUCUUUGA